AUGACAAGAUCCAUCCGCCCGCUGCCACUCACUGGCAGACAGAUCACUCACCUGCAGGCGCCUCAAAUCUUGGAGUUCGAGUUCAUCUGCAGAAUGCACCCACAGGGAGUGGCUGAUACCGGGUUUCAGCCUCUCAGUCUGACCGCUCGUUAUUCUGGGGCCGGCACUUGCAGAAUAGACGCUGGAUAUAAUGCCUCUGAUUUGAUGGACGAAGCCUGCGCGCAUAUCCCGUAUCGACUUACUCCGCAGAUACUUACCUUCCUUGUAGUCCAGGCCGCAGGGUCCGUGUGGCCUGAAAAGAUAGCGAUGGCUGUGGCUGUGAGGUCGGAGGUAUUAGGAUGGGGGGCUGGGCUGGUUGCUUACGCGCGUCUCUGCUCGUGGACAGACCGUGCCAUAGUGUCGGAGCAGUAUACCAAGAGGGAUAACAAUCAAUCGGGGGCCCGAUACCUGAAGCUCGGCUCCGCCGGCUCCAUGAAUUGGGGGGUCAUUUCCGCCAGUGUGGCAACUAGAAACACACUUAGUAGACUAGGACAGCGCCCAGAGCGGCGUUAA